CUCUAUGUCUGAGGACUGCCUGUAUCUCAACAUCUACACACCAGCGCAUGCCCGUGAGGGCUCUAACCUGCCUGUGAUGGUGUGGAUCCAUGGUGGUGCUCUGGUUAUAGGAAUGGCCUCCAUGUAUGAUGGGUCCAUACUGGCAGCCACUGAGGAUGUGGUGGUGGUCACUAUCCAGUACCGCCUGGGUGUUCUGGGCUUCUUCAGCACUGGAGACCAGCACGCCAGAGGCAACUGGGGAUACCUGGACCAAGUGGCCGCCCUGCGCUGGGUCCAGCAGAACAUCACCCACUUUGGAGGCAACCCUGACCUUGUCACCAUCUUUGGCGAGUCAGCAGGUGGUGCAAGUGUGUCUUCACAUGUGCUGUCCCCCAUGUCCCGAGGACUCUUCCACAGAGCCAUCAUGGAGAGUGGAGUGGCCGUGUUGCCUGGCCUCAGCUCCAGCUCCCCUGAGCUGGUUUCUGGAAUUGUGGCCAAUCUAUCUGAUUGCGUAGCUGUGGACACAGAGACGCUAGUGCGCUGCCUACGGGGCAAGAGUGAAGCAGAGAUUCUGGCUAUUAACAAGGUCUUCAAGGUCAUCCCCGCAGUGGUGGAUGGAGAGUUCUUCCCCAGGCACCCUGAGGAGCUCUUGGCCUCUGCUGAUUUUCACCCUGUCCCCAGCAUCAUUGGUGUCAACAAUGAUGAGUAUGGUUGGCUUCUCCCUAUGUUCAUGGGCUCUGCUCAGAAAAUGAAGGGAAUAACCAGACAAACCCUGCCUGCUGUUCUGAAGAGCUCAACACCACAGAUGAUGCUGCCUCCCGAGUGUAGUGAACUGAUAAUGGAAGAGUACAUGGGGGACACGGAGGACCCACAGACCCUCCAAAUACAGUAUGCAGAGAUGAUGGGAGACGUCACAUUUGUGGUCCCUGCACUCCAAGUAGCACAUUUUCAGCGUUCCCACGCUCCUGUCUACUUCCCAUCAGCCCCUUCACCACUGACCUAAUUGUUCCACUGCCCUGACCCAAAUCAGGGAACCAGACUUUGGGUCACCCUCACCCUUCCCCCUGGCUGGCAUAUCCACAGGAACCCCAACAGCGAGGGUCUACCCUACUGGCCCAUGAUGAAUGAUGAUGAGCAGUACCUGCAGCUGGACAUCCAGCCUGCUGUGGGCCAAGCCCUGAAGGCCAGAAGGCUGCAGUUCUGGACCCAGACUCUGCCCCAGAAGAUCCAGGAGCUAAAGGGGGCUCAGGAGGGCCACAAAGAGUUGUAGUACUCUGUGUGAAGAAAGGCGUAUGGGCUUCAUAGACAUGUGCGCUCUCUCUAAGGUUUGGACAGCCUUUUGACCCUAACACUCACAUAAUCAUUCCUAACAUAUACAGCCACCCCUUUUACCAAUCCGUAUGACAAGACCUCUGCAUGUCACUCCUUCACAAGACACUUCUGUUCUUCUGGUAGACCCACUUAAUAAAAGUUCUUGCAACAAUGUGG